AAGUCAGAAUCUGGAGGCUCUAUUAUGUGUAUAUAAUGACCCAGCCUAGCUACUAAAUGGGCAUAUGGCAAAUAAAAGAAUAAGCUCAAUAUCUAUGGAGACCGACAAGAGUGGGAGCUUGGAGAAGCCUGAUCAUUGUGCAAAUACUGCUGCAGUACAGGAAGAGAAGAAAAUGAAAUCAAGCGGUGAUGAUGAGGAGGUUGUUGUUGCAGAAAUCAACAAGGAAGAAGGAGAUGUGAAUCAUGUGAUAAAUAUUAAACAAGAAGAGAAUAUCAGAAAGCGGCCUUCUUCCACGAUGAAUAAAGAUCUUACUUCUAUCAAUCAUGAGGAUCAGCUGAGGUCCACAAAAGCUAAAAUUGGUGAGGUUAAAGAAGAGAACGAAAGAUUAAAACAGUUACUAUCCAAAAUUUUGAACGAUUACCAAUCUCUACAGAAACAUUUCUGUAAAGUUGUUCAGGAGGAAGAAAAAAAAAAACCCGCCAAACUAACGACUGCCCAUCAAAAAAAUCAGGAACCAGAGCUCGUCUCUCUCAGCCUUGGUAGAAGUAGUUCCAGUGAACCCAAAAAGGAAGAGAAAAAGAGCAGCAAUCUAAGUGAUGGGAAUGAAGAUGAUGAACUGAAUAAUAAAGGACUUUCUCUUGGUUUGGACUGCAAGUUCGAGCCAGAUUCAUCUGUAACUGUGAAGAAUAAUGCAAGCUCCGAAAAUAGCUUUGAUGAAGAUCCAAAGGAAGAGGAACCUACUGAGACAUGGUCACCAAACAAAAUCAGGAAGACAACCAUAACUCCAGAUGAUGAAGCGAUGCAACAAAAUCAGAUCAAGAAAACUAGGGUUUCAGUCAGAGCCAGAUGUGAUACUCCAACGAUGAAUGAUGGAUGUCAAUGGAGAAAAUAUGGACAAAAGAUAGCGAAAGGAAAUCCGUGCCCUAGGGCUUACUAUCGUUGCACAGCCUCACCAACUUGUCCAGUGAGAAAACAGGUGCAAAGAUGUGCUAAAGAUAUGUCAGUCUUGAUCACCACAUAUGAAGGAACCCACAACCAUCCACUUCCACUUUCAGCAACGGCAAUGGCUUCCACAACAUCUGCAGCUGCAUCCAUGAUACAGUCACGUUCAUCAACAUCAGCACAGCCAGGCUCAUCGAUCUCUGCACCAAGUUCAAUCUCAACUUCAAAUGGACUAAACUUCAGUCUCUCCCAAAACUCAAGACCCCAACAAAUCUAUUUCCCGAACUCUUCAAUCUCAACUUCCAAUUCGCACCCCACUGUUACUCUUGACCUCACUACUGCACCAUCCACAACUACUGCCCAAUAUUUCAACAGAUUUUCUUCUGCUCCAAGAUGUCUCAACUUUUCUUCUUCACCAUCAUCUACUUCUCUAGAUCAAUCCAACAUUAAUACUCUGCAAUCACUAUGGAACCCUUCAAGCUACUCCACUUAUGGAACAGUACCUCUAAACAGAAACUACGUAGAAAAGCAACCAACUCCAGGUAAUCAUCAUGUUUACCAGCCAUACAUGCAUAUAAUUAACAGCGAGACUACUCCUCCUCAUAAUCAACAAUCUUUGACAGAGAGCAUUGCAGCUGCAACAAAGAUGAUUACUUCAAAUCCCAAUUUCAGGUCAGCCUUGGCAGCUGCAAUAACAUCAUUUGUUGGUAAUAAUGGAGGGAGUACUACUACUACUACUACUACUACUACUAAUAGUAAUAAUAGUAAUAAUCCUGGUGCUGGAGAGCAUUAUUCUGGCCUGAACUUGAAGUUGGGUGAUCAUCAUCAGUCAUUAGCAUUUAACACACUUUAUCCAAGCAGCAAUAGUAAUGGAAUAGGGUGUGCUUCAAGCUACCUGAAUAAAUCGGCUACCAGUUUAAGCUCUCAACAAGGGAGCUUGGUUUUGUUUCCAGGUUCAUUGCCAUUUUCUUCUACUACCAGGAGUGCUUCUGAAUCUCCUGCUAAUAGUAGGGACCAUAACAAGGGUUAAGGUAUGUACAGAGAAAUUAAUAUGUAAAUUUUGCUGCACUUUGUUUAGCUAGAUCGAUUGAUAUUUUCUGUGUAAAAUUGUAGAGAUGUUUCCAUAUGUAUUUCUGCUACAAAUUGUACAUUGAUUUUUCUUUUUCUCUCUAAAGAAAUUUCUGGUUUUGGACUAAA